GGUUUGGUUGAAAAUAUCUAUCCUCUCGAGCUCAGAAAAUAACUUCCCCAAUUCAGAUGCAGAGGUGGUGGCGUACGCUGUCGAAAUUCAUCCUUUCCCUUUUCUCCAGCUUCAUUAAAGAAUCGGAAAUGUGCUUACUUGAAUCAUCCGUACCUGUUCCUAUAACCCUGGCCUAUUAUCCUAUUACAAGUACUCGUACAACAUUGCAUUGUGAAAUGUUUCUUCUUCUCUUUGCUUUUUCCAUUCGGGGCUCAAUCUUGCAUCCCUAUUACCGUGCCGGUACUGGCUCUCUCAAAUCUCGAUACUCCCGUGGCACAAGACUGGGGACCCAGGGUCUCUCACCCACCCUACGAACCCUAACUUUCCGCCCCUAGAUAUCAUAGUGCAAACCCUUAUGGUGUCUCCCAGCCGUCAAUCUUUGCCCUUUGAGACCCCUCUACCGUUCGUUAGUGAAGCCUUUCAAAUCAUCACUCUCACUUUACCAGCCCUGCUCUUCCCGGUCUCCCUCCUCCUUUCCUCUCUCCCCCCUUUCUUCAAUUGUCUUGAGGCUACCGACUGAACCUGCUCUAGCGUCCCUGCCCUUCCCCCUUCCACUGGGUCCACUUCUCCCUCGCAAUUCUAGCUCCCUCACGCGAUUUUUUCGGGGCACCUCUGCCCACUAAAGCUUGCUAACACUCCUUCAUUCCCCCCUUUCUCCUCGUUCCCGUUUACCUAGGGAUAUUGUCCGCCCGAGCAUUGUGGAUCCCGGGAAAGAAUUUCCAAGGUUGUUUUUUUCCUCCCCUCCUUUGGAUGCCACCUUCGUUGGGUCCCUUGCAGAUCCUCGGAUAAAUUAGUCUUCUCCCCCGAGCCUCAUUCCGUGCCAAAACCAUGACCACCAUCCCGCGAACUAUCAAAGAGUCAUUGCUCGGGAUCGAGCAUCAGUCUUCAUCCACCGCGAAAAUUAGGGAGAACUUCGAAAAGUUUGCGUCAAUUACUGAGCCGACUACAGGCGAGAAACUGAUGACCAGAGAGAACUUCAUCGACGCGAUCGCACCCCCGGAUCAAGACUUCCACAAGAUUAAAAGAGAUCAGUAUGCCAUCCUGUUCGAUAUCGCGGAUAGGCGCAGCCAAGGGGUACUCAACAUGCAAGACUGGACCACUUUUGAAAGCCUUCUCGCCAAACCAGACGCAGAAUAUCAAAUCGCGUUUAGACUUUUCGAUGAGGAGGGAAGCGGCAGUGUGAAAUUUGAUGACUUUGUGACCUUCUAUACCCGCAACAAACCGUCUGAUAGCCUACCCUUCGAUUGGACCAGUGAGUGGGCUGCGCUCCAUCUUGGAGUCAAGGGCGGCCGGCACAAUCUUUCAUAUCAUCAGUUCUCACAGAUGCUUCGCGGACUCCAAGAUGAGCGUGUCAGACAGGCUUUUCGCUUUUACGACAAGAAUAUGUCUGGCUAUAUUGAGCCAAAGGAUUUCCACCGGAUUAUUCUCGAGACUUCGAAACACAAGCUCUCCGAUCAUCUACUCGACAAUCUCCAUACGUUAUCCAACAUGUCGGCUGGGUCAAAAAUCAGUUAUGCAAACGUGCGCGCCUUCCAGAAUGUUGUUCGGGAGAUGGAUAUGAUCGAUCUUAUCGUCCGGAAUGCUGCUUCCAAAUCUCUCGACGGCAAGAUUACGAGGGCCGAUUUUAUGAACGAAGCAGCAAAGAUCACUCGUUGUGAUCUCUUCUCUCCUAUGGAGACGGACAUUCUUUUCCAUUUCGCCGGUCUCAAUACUACCUCCGGGAAGCUUUCUGUGACCGACUUUUCCCGUGUGCUGGACUCUUCAUGGCGAGAACCAAAAUUGGAAACUCUUGCGCCACCCCUUGUUUCUGUAUCUCUUCCUACAUUUACUUCCGUUGUGCAACCACAGGGGGUUUUUGGCCAGGCCCUGGAUGCAGCAUUCAAUUUCGCGCUGGGAUCUGUGGCCGGUGCCUUUGGGGCCACAAUUGUAUAUCCGAUCGACUUAGUGAAGACCAGAAUGCAGAAUCAACGCAGCAAGGUUGUCGGAGAGCUCAUGUACAAAAACAGUAUCGACUGCGCCAAGAAGGUUAUCCGCAACGAGGGCUUCCGAGGUCUUUAUAGUGGCCUAGGUCCACAACUUAUUGUUAGCCAACCCGGAUGCCCCAUACUCCAAUAGUCUCGCUCUAAUGUUAGUCGUGUCAGGGUGUUGCCCCAGAAAAAGCCAUCAAACUUACAGUCAAUGACUUGGUGAGAUCAAAAGCCAAGGGCAAAGGUGAGAUCUCACUGCCCUGGGAAAUCAUUGCUGGAGGGUCGGCUGGGGCUUGCCAAGUUGUGUUCACCAAGUACGUUCCCACUGCUUCCCUCUGUGUCUACUGCUUCGCGGUGCUCCAUACUGAUAAAAUACAAGCCCACUCGAAAUUGUCAAGAUUCGCCUGCAAGUUCAAGGAGAGGUAGCCAAAAAUGUUGAGGGUGUUCCCAGGCGCUCGGCCUUGUGGAUUGUCAAGAAUCUUGGUCUUGUAGGAUUAUACAAGGGAGCGAGUGCAUGUUUGCUACGCGAUGUUCCCUUUUCAGCAAUCUACUUCCCAACUUAUUCCCAUUUGAAGAAAGAUUGGUUUGGGGAGAGUUUGACUAAGAAGCUUGGCAUUCUACAGCUUCUCAUAUCCGGUGCCAUAGCAGGGAUGCCGGCAGCUUACCUCACCACUCCGUGUGAUGUUAUCAAGACCAGACUGCAGGUAGAGGCAAGGAAGGGACAAACCCACUAUCGUGGGUUGAUCCACUGCGCCUCCACUAUCUGGCGUGAAGAAGGGCCCAAGGCAUUCUACAAGGGUGGGCCGGCGAGAGUUCUUCGGAGUUCUCCGCAAUUUGGAUUUACCCUCGCUGCCUAUGAGGUUCUCCAAACCUUCUUUCAUCCGCACGGAGACACCGCCAGCGAUGACGGGAAGUUCACUGGGGGCUUUCGCCCCCCGAUCAAGGCACCUGGAGCAACCCCGCCACUUCCGUACCUGCGCAGUAGAAAUGCUCUCAAAUUAAUUUUGGUUCGUCCCCCCCUCCCUGACCUCAUUGGGCCCUCCCCACUUACGCUAUAUUCUUAGGACAUCGAUGAAAACAUUGGCUGCCCAAAGCUUCCGCAAUCAAAAGAGGUUUGGCCUUCUAUACCUGGUCUUGGAAGAGCACGACAAUCUUAGACGCGAGAUGCAAAUGAAUAACCAGGUCUGGAGUUUUCCUUGAUUAAAAAACAAAAACGAAGGCCCCCUUAGACGUUUAGAUUAGAUUUCCGAUCACUGCGCUAGAGUAUGCUCUAGAUUUCUAGAAAAAUAUAUGUACUAGUACCAUAAUUUCCUCUAUCUCCAUCGUUUGCAUUUGUUAUAUUGGUACAGGAAGGAGUACUGGAUCCUAUAGACUGGAGGCUGGUGAAUUACGAACCAGGUGUAUCAGGUAAACUUGGAGCACUAGCUAAGAGGUGGGUGGUUCGUAUCGCCAUAAUAAGAAGACAACGGUAGCUUCCGGUUCACCGACCCACUGUUUAAUCCUCAUGCCUGGCACUAGUCCUGUAAAAUCGCAUCUGGGGGGGGGG